AUGGAAAAUAUUCCCCCAUUGAUUUUCAAAAACCCAAUAAGAAGAACCUCAAGGAGAUCAACAAUGUAUCUUGGUGUUAGAAAAAGACCAUGGGGAAGAUAUGCAGCUGAAAUUAGGAACCCUUAUACCAAAGAGAGACAUUGGUUAGGCACAUUUGACACUGCAGAAGAAGCUGCAGUGGCCUAUGAUAUUUCAUCUAUUAAGAUUUGUGGCAUUGAUAAUGCUAGAACUAAUUUUCAUUACCCUUUUGUAUCUCAUCCACAGCAACCUCCUCGUUUAUUACUUCCUGCACCCCCACCACCCACCCCAGAGUUGGAUGCAAGUAUCCCUGAGAUGAAUGUUGCUUUUGAUGGUGAUGAUGAAUCAAUGGUUAUUGCUUCUAUCUUGCAAAGUUUUUCUAAUUCUGGUAGCUGUUCUUUAUAAAUUUUGGUUUCCAUGAGACCAUAUAA